AUGUUCAAAGAUAAGCAGAAACCAGUUUAUAAGCAUGUCCGACAAAAUUCUGGGCGAAUCCAAAAGAUUUCUAAGGCACCUAACCCAGCACUCAAGAAAUAUAUGGAUAUUAUCGAAGAAUUCACAAAAUCGGAAAAAAUUAUUAUUAUGCUCGAUUCUAGAGCUCCUCAAGCAGGAAGAUAUACUCAAUUCGAAAAACUAUUCCCAGAUAAAGUCAUAUACGUCUUAAAUAAGAUUGAUCUUAUUCCUCGUGAAAUGGCUUUAGGCUGGCUAUUAAAUUUGCGUUCAACAGUUCCUACAUUUGCUCUUUCUUCACUUAAAACAGCAGAACCACUAAUAGAAUACUUAAAAGCAGGUAAUGUAAAAAAGAUUUGCAUUACAGGCCUUAAAAACUCGGGGAAGCAUACAUUAUUAAAGUACAUGACUGAUUUUGAUGCGAUUGUUACUCCAGAUUGGACAUUUUUGGAGACAACUUUUGAACAUGCGAUUAUUGGAGCAGUAGAAGUAAAUCAGAAGUCCACAACUAACUAUGAGCACCUAAUGAUGUUCAUUGAUCAAUGCAGUACGCAAUCUCUCAUGGAAGUCUUCGGAUUAACUUAUAUAAGCGUUACAGACUCAGUUUUGCAAGUUGUAGCAAAUGACGGUGAUACAGUCUUGCAAGCAGGCAUGAAAUUGUUUUCCCAAAUAAGAAAUGGACUUUGGAAUUUUUAUUCUCCAGCUCCAACAAAAACCUACAGCCAAGAAUCAUUUAAUUCAUUACCAGACUCUCAGAAACGUUCUUUACGAUACUCUACGCCUUACGAUGCAAUGAUUAAACCAAGUCUUGCGUUUAUUGAACCAAAUAUGCCAAAUGAACUGCAACAUAAGCUUUUGAAAGCUUUAGAGAACCUUGAAUAUGAAAUGUAA